GGAAGGACAUUGAGAAAGCACAUGCGUUCACUCCAUCAGCCAGGAACCAACAGGUCAACAAGAGGAGACAGUAAAGGGAGAGAACACGCCUGUCUCAGAGUUCUCUACCUGCCUCCUUCUAGUGCUUGGUCCCUCUUUUGCUCAUGCACGAGUAGGCUGGGGACAGGAAUCAGAUGCAAGUUGAAGGCCAAGUAUGUUUAAGCUAGAGGAACAGAAAGUCAAAUCUCCUCAGAGGGAAAGAGCCUGGGCUCUGGGGAAGCUGCCAGAUUGGGGUUAACCCAGGCCAAUGACUCCACCUCUGCGCCUUGGCCUUCUCACCUGUGAAACGAGCUGAUACCGCUUCCACAUGACAUUCUCGUGAGGAGAAAAUGAACUGGCACAGGGAGAGGGAAGUGCUCAGUAGAUUCAAUGCUGCCAUUGUGGUGUUCUAACUCCAACAUGCCUGCAUCACCCAGGUCAGGUCAGCACCCAGGUCAGCACCCUGGUCCACUUUUGCUUUGAGUUUCAGGUAGCUGGUCUCCUGCCUUCCUGUGGUUGGAAGAAGGAUUCCCCCGCCUAGCUGUCGCUUUGGAGCUGACCUUUCAACUGGAGGCCUGGGUCUGCUGGUCACAGGACUGUGGCUUGACCUGGAGACACUGACACCUGUGGACUCCCCAGCUUGGAGCAGCCACUCUUUGACCUGGAGCCGUGGAGCAGCAGCCCCAUGAAGGUGCCCAGCCAUGCAAUGUUCCUGGAAGGCUGUCCUCCUCCUUGCCCUGGCCUCCAUCGCCAUCCAGUACACCGCCAUUCGCACCUUCACUGCCAAGUCCUUCCACACCUGCCCGGGACUGGCCGAGGUCGGGCUGGCGGAGCGGCUGUGCGAGGAGGGCCCCACCUUUGCCUACAACCUGUCCCGCAAAACCCACAUCCUCAUCCUGGCCACCACACGCAGCGGCUCCUCCUUCGUGGGCCAGCUCUUCAACCAGCACCUGGACGUCUUCUACCUGUUUGAGCCCCUUUACCACGUCCAGAACACGCUCAUCCCCCGCUUCACCCAGGGCAAGAGCCCGGCCGACCGGCGGGUCAUGCUGGGUGCCAGUCGCGACCUCCUGCGGAGCCUGUAUGACUGUGACCUCUACUUCCUAGAGAACUAUAUCAAGCCUCCGCCGGUCAACCACACCACGGACAGGAUCUUCCGCCGAGGGGCCAGCAGGGUCCUCUGCUCCCGGCCUGUGUGCGACCCUCCAGGGGCUGCUGACCUGGUCUUGGAGGAGGGAGACUGCGUGCGCAAGUGCGGCCUGCUGAACCUGACCGUGGCUGCUGAGGCCUGUCGCGAGCGCAGCCACGUGGCCAUCAAGACAGUGAGGGUGCCCGAGGUUAAUGACUUGCGGGCUCUGGUUGAAGAUCCUCGGUUAAACCUCAAAGUCAUCCAGCUGGUCCGAGACCCUCGUGGCAUUCUGGCUUCGCGCAGCGAGACCUUCCGCGACACCUACCGGCUCUGGAGGCUCUGGUAUGGCACCGGGAGAAAACCCUACAACUUGGAUGUGACGCAGCUGACCACAGUGUGUGAGGACUUCUCAAACUCCGUGUCCACCGGCCUCAUGCGGCCCCCUUGGCUCAAGGGCAAGUACAUGUUAGUGCGCUAUGAGGACCUGGCCCGGAACCCCAUGAAGAAGACCGAAGAGAUCUACGGGUUCUUGGGCAUCCCCUUGGACAGCCAUGUGGCUCGCUGGAUCCAGAACAACACGAGGGGCGACCCCACCUUAGGCAAGCACAAAUAUGGCACCGUGAGAAACUCGGCCGCCACUGCCGAGAAGUGGCGCUUCCGCCUCUCCUACGACAUUGUGGCCUUUGCCCAGAACGCCUGUCAGCAGGUGCUGGCCCAGCUGGGCUACAAGAUGGCCAGCUCAGAGGAGGAGCUGAAGAACCCCUCAGUCAGCCUGGUGGAGGAGCGGGACUUCCGCCCUUUCUCCUGACGCGGGCACCGUGGGUAGGGUGGGAGGCACUUGGUGUUGGUUUUGAUAAAAUGGACCAUUUUUAACUGUUGCCUUAUCUCCCCCGCCCUGUCCCACCCCGCCUUUGUGUCCUCCUGCCCCCUGCCCACCCCACUUCUUUCUGCCUCUUUUUGUCUCUGAAAUUUGCACUACGUCUUGGACGGGAAUCAUUGGGGCAGAGGGCGUGGGAAGUGGGGUAUGAGCCCCACCUCGCCCCAUUCAGACACAUGGACGUUGGGUCUCUACAUGGACGGUGACAAUGUUUACAAGCCCCACACUCACACAUUCUCACACACGCACAUGGCCCACGAGGAGAGGCCACACAGCUUCUCAAGAGUUUUGAAUGGAUGAGUGGUCGGGGUAUUGUAGUUUCUGCACUGUCUUACUUACACAAGGUAAGAAGAUCUGAACAAAAGGACCACUUCUCUCUAAUUUAUGAAUGGUGUCCAUCCCUUCUGCAUUCCUGCUUCCUGCCCUGAGGACCAUGACCCCCCUUAGAGCAGAGAAACUGCCCCCUCCUGCCCGCCCUUGCCUGUCGGUGAGCAGGUUUUUACUGUGAGGUGAACGUGGACCUUGUUUAUUUUUUCCAAUCUGUGGUGAUGCUGUCUGUCUGUCUGAGUCUUGUGGCUGCCCCCGGACCAGUGAUGACUGAUGAAUCUUAUGAUUUUGAUUGAUCUUGGGGUCCAUCUGUGAUAUUUCUUUGUGCCAAAAAGAAAAAAACAAAAGAGUGGAUCAGUUUGCUAAAUGAACAUUGAAAUGCUUUAUCUGUGUUUUCUGUAAAUAAAAGAGUGCAAUAA